AUGCCGAACUUCACCUCCAUUCCUUCGACGUCCGAAGUCCUAUCUGUGUAUGCCUCUGUGGCUACCUCCACGAUGCUUAUCCGCACAAUGGCAAACCAAUUCAUACCCCACCAGUUCCAAAACUAUAUUUUCUCCCGCUUACAAAACAUCUUUACCUAUUUCAUCUCCUCCACUCGGUUGCUCACCAUCGUUAUCGAUGAAUUCACUGAUCUCGACCGAAACCAAAUCUUUGAAGCAUCCGAGAUCUACCUACGCUCUAAGCUCACUACCUAUUCUUCUUCCAUGAACAGAAUCAAAGCAACCAAAACUCCAAGAGACAAGAAACUCUUGCUAAGACUUGAGAAGGAUCAAGAGAUCAUCGAUUUCUUCCAUGGAAUUCAACUCAAAUGGAAGCUCGUUUAUCACGAAGACAAGAAAUCUUCUGAUGACGACGAUGAUUGCCGAUGGUUUGAGCUAAUUUUCGACAAGAAACACAAAGGCAUUAUUUUGGAUUCUUACUUGCCUCACAUUGUGGAGGAAUCAAAGGCUUUGAAAGAAGAGAACAAGGUUUUGAGACUCCAUAAUCGUGGCCAGUCCAUAAACCUUGAACAUCCUACGACAUUCGAUAAAUUGGCAAUGGAUCCAGAGCUCAAGAGAGUAUUGAUCGAGGAUUUAGAUAGGUUUGUAAAGAGAAGAGAGUUUUAUAGAAGAGUUGGGAAGGCUUGGAAAAGAGGGUAUCUAUUAUAUGGUCCUCCAGGAACUGGGAAAUCGAGCUUGAUAGCUGCCAUGGCCAAUUACCUCAAGUUUGAUAUCUAUGAUGUAGAGCUCACAAGUCUUCGUAGUAACUCAGACCUUAGGAGUUUGAUGCUUAAGACAGCAAAUCGAUCGAUACUUGUGAUCGAGGAUAUUGAUUGCAGUAUUGAGAUGGAGGAUCGUGGAAAUAAAGGAGCUACUUCAUCGAACCAGUUGACACUCUCUGGACUUCUCAACUUCAUCGAUGGACUGUGGUCGAGUUGUGGAGAUGAGAGGAUCAUUGUGUUCACAACCAAUUACAAGGACCGACUUGACCCUGCUCUGCUACGACCUGGCCGUAUGGAUAUGCACAUUCACAUGUCCUAUUGUACACCAUCGGGUUUCAAGCUCCUCGCUUCCAAUUACCUUGGCAUCUGUGAUCAUCCACUCUUUGAGGAGAUCGAACGGUUGAUAGAGAAAGCGAAGGUAACCCCUGCAGAAGUGGCCGAGGAGCUGAUGAAAAGUGAUGACGUGGAAGUCACCCUCAAUGGUCUGAUUAAUUUCAUCCAUAGGAAGAAGAAUACGGAACAAGAUCGAGUCAAACCACGGUUAAAAGUCAUUGAUGAUGGAGAAAGAGUUGAUGGCAAUGAGGUCCUCGCCGAGCUACGGAAUAUCGUAAGCCCGAGCCGAGAGUUCUCCAAACUAUCCCCUAUUGUGGACCUUUUGGGCUCGGAUUUGGAUGAGCCCAGGAUGGUGAAUCCUCAGCCCUCUGGUAAUGCCCAGGUUUCGCUAUCACACCAGUCUACCCAUUCGGCUCAGCCAACCCCUGAGGACCGCGAGAGGGAUGCUAGCUUAUCAUCUGAUGAGGACGAGUCUUCAGAAGAUGUAGAGGGGUUGACAGGAUCGUCUGCCAAGGGCCCCAACCCCGUCGAAGGUAGUGUCGGAGCUAUGGAGAGUAUAGUCUCCGAUUCUGAGCUGGAGGAGCUUCUGGUUAGCUAUGGGAUUUCGGAUACCAUUCGGCUUCGAGCUCCAAGGCCUCGGGAAAUGGCAUGUUUUAUCCGCGCUGAUAAGGUGGCCCUCUAUGAGAUAGCCUUCAAGUAUGGUUUCUGUUUCCCGGUCCUUCGUCUGGUGGAUGAGAUCUUGGAUCACUGGCACUUGUCGUCGAGCAAGCUGACUUUGAAUGCGUGGCUGCUUGACGCGGCUCGGAUGAAGGCCGAGCUCAUGGAGGAGAAUAAGAAGAAAGCGGCGGAGAAGGCCAAGCGCAAGACCUCGGCCAACAAGCCGAAGGGCAAUUUAGUGGGCCUGAGCCAAAAGGAUGUGGUGAUCGGCAUUGAGGCCAACCUCCCCAAGGCCUCGUUGUUCCCUGGGGACAAGACAUUGCAGUCCGAGGCCCACGCUCAGGAGUGGUUGGGCGUGGCUCGGCAUUCGGUCAAUUGGACUUUCCUCACCGACCUGAGCAACGCUAAGCUAUCAGGUUCGCUGUUCCAGGUCAUGGCCAUUGAUUUCUCUAAGGCCACCGAGGUUGCUUUCCAUUUUUCCCAGCGAUCUGUGGACAACACCUUGCUGGAGGAGUUGGCCGAGAAGGUCGGAGAGGCUACCAAGAAGGCCAUUCGGGAGCACCAGGAGGAGGGGAAGAGGAAGAAAGCCGAGUCUGCCCUGGAGGCGGCAAGGGCCGAGCUGAAGACCCUGAAGGAGAGCUAUCUACAGUCGGAGGACUUUCAGGAGGUGCUCCAUCAGCUAAGCAAGCCUACCUAUGCCUCAGGGUUCAGCGACAACCGGGCUAAGGUGCUGAAUGAGCUACGGGAGUUGCAUCCUAACUUGGAUCUCUCACAGUUUAAUGAGGACGCCGCCACCGUGGUCGAGACCACUGAGGCCAAGGACGGGGUCGAGGUGGAGAAAACCUUGCAUCCUUCGAAGAACAAUACAACCAUUAGUGUUCAACUGACUCAUUGGGCAAAUGGCACAUGCGUGCCAAAUCCCCUAUUGAAACUAGAUGCUCAGUCUGAUAAAACUGAGCGUGGAACUGAUCCUCCAUCUCACGCCAAGUUUGGAUCGAAUCGCCUGGGCAAGUUGAUGUACCAGCCAAACAUGAUGGAUUUUACCACCAUUCCUUCAACAUCAAAGGUUCUAUCUGUUUAUGCCUCUGUGACCACCGCUAUAAUGCUUAUUCGCACAAUGGCAAACCAACUCAUACCCCACCAGUACCAAGCCUACAUUUUCUCCCGCUUGCAAAACAUCUUCGCCCAUCUCAUCACCUCCCCUCGGACACCCAUGACCUUCAUUGUCGAUGAAUAUACCGGUCUCCACCGCAACCAAGUCUUCGAUGCCUCGGAGAUCUACCUACGCUCCAAGCUCAUCCUGCCCGACUCUUCCUCCAUGGACAGAGUCAAAGUAGCCAAAACUCCAAGAGACAAGAAUAUUUUGCUAGGGUUUGAGAAGGAUCAAGAAAUCAUCGAUUUCUUCCAUGAGAUUCAACUCAAAUGGAAGCUUGUGUAUCAAGAAGACAAGAACUCAUCUUCUCCGGUUCACUUCAAUGGCAAGGAAAGCCGAUCGUUUGAACUGAUUUUCGACAAGAAACACAAAGGCACUGUGUUGGGUUCUUACUUGCCUCAUGUUGUGGAGGAAUCAAAGGCUUUGAAAGAAGAAAACAAGGUUUUGAAACUCUAUAAUCGUGGCCAAUCCGUCAAUCUUGAACAUCCAGCAACGUUCGAUAAAUUGGCAAUGGAUCUAGAGCUAAAGAGGGGUUUGAUCGAGGAUUUGGAUAGAUUUGUAAAGAGAAAGGAGUUUUAUAAAAGAGUUGGGAAGGCUUGGAAAAGAGGGUAUCUAUUAUAUGGUCCUCCAGGGACUGGGAAAUCCAGCUUGAUAGCUGCCAUGGCUAAUUACCUAAAUUUUGACAUCUAUGAUUUAGAGCUCGCAGGUCUUCGUAGUAACUCAGAGCUCAGGGGGUUGUUGGUUUCGACCACAAAUCGAUCAAUACUUGUGAUAGAGGAUAUUGAUUGCAGUAUUGAGACGGAGGAUCGUGGAAAUAGAGGAGGUAGAUCGUCCGAUGACCAGGUCAGUUGUUGACACUCUCUGGACUUCUCAACUUCAUCGAUGGACUGUGGUCGAGUUGUGGAGAUGAGAGGAUCAUUGUGUUCACAACCAAUUACAAGGACCGACUUGACCCUGCUUUGCUACGACCUGGCCGUAUGGAUAUGCACAU